GGGCGUUUUGUGUAAAGCGGAGACGGGCUCGGUUUCGGCCCCAGAGGUGGCUGUCUUCUCGCGCGUGCGGGGCUCCUGCCGCUCGUUGUGCCCGCAAGCCCGCUAGGCAGGCCACAGCCCGGGAGCGGACGUUUGCAAAUCCUAACUCGGGUGUAGGGUCUGUACCCGGGACACAGGACUGCACUGGGCAGCGCCGCGUCCGGAUGGGUAUUUGCCCGGAGACGACACCCGGAGGGCGGGUUAGCCGUUGGGAAGCUGCAGCUAACCCCCCGCGAGGGCGCACCUCACACCUGUUAGGGUGGCUGAACACAAAAGGCACUGGAGUGUGGUUGAGGAAGUGAAGUCGGAACUGGGCCCGUUGCCGGUGGAGCCCCGGGCCGACCCGCAGGGUGGGAGGCCGCCGCUCGGAUGCCGACCCCGGGUACCAGCAGAGCAAGCUGAGGUGGUUACGUAUCAUCCCCAGAAGCAGUGAGCCGCUGAUACUUGGCUGUGGGAUGGAUGAACCUUUAAACAUGUUAAGUGAAAUAAGACACAAAGGGACAAACACGGACGAUUUCUUCCACUCAGGAGACCAGGCUGUGGGAAGCAGGGAACAGGAUUGAUUGCGAUGAUUAAAGAGUUCUGGAAAUGGAUCUUGGUGAUGGUUGCUUAUACUUAACGGAUGAAGUUGUGCUUUAAAAAAUGAUAAGUUUUUGGUUCAGGUUUCCCGCACUUUAAAAAGGUAGAACUACAGAGAUAUUGAAAAGACUGGUAAUUGUUAGGAACACAGGGAAUUUUCAUGUUGGUGAAAUUACUGUGACUGUCAUGGUACAUGUGUGACUGUAUGUCUGCCAAAACCCAUGAAAUUGCAACAUGAAGACUGGCUCCUCUAAGCUGUUAACCCGAGUUAAUAACAGACCAGUGUUAGCCAUCCCAACUGCAGGAUGUUAAGGAAGGCUGGGCAGGGGAUUGGGAGGAUGUAUUGGGGGUUUCUCUUCUUUCUGUUCAGGUUCUUUUAAACAAAAUUACUUGAAAAAUAGUGUUUAAAAGUCAAAGCGGGGUGCAGAAUAGUGCUGGUGUGUGUUUAGACGAAUAGAACCCUUCAAAUGUGCAUGACAUGUUGACUUUUUUAUUUAAAAAUCUACAUGAAAAUAUACUUAAAAAAUGACCAGUGGUGUUAGAUUUCAAGGAAGAAAUUGGAUGGGAAAUGGGAAUUGAUGUGACAGCACCUGGACCAGCAGUGCGUUGAAGAAUUCUGAGUGAUGGGCUGGCAGAGCAUUGUUUCAACAAGGUUCAGUUGUCGUCACUGUCCUUCUCUAUGCACUAUAGGCUGUUUUCUAUGGUUUAGUAAAAAGCCAUGUAGACUGCUUGUCCUGUGAAGACCACUUUUAAGGUGUCAGACUUCUGCAUAUAAAGUGUUUGGAGAAUCCAGUUGUGUGUGUUGUGACAGGAAGAAUGGAAGUGUUCCCGGAGCUUCAGAAGCCAUCGACGCGCUGGGAGUGUGACCACUGCAGUUUCAGAGGCACAGACUAUGAAAAUGUACAGAUCCACAUGGGCACCAUCCAUCCAGAAUUUUGUGAUGAAAUGGAUGCUGGUGGGUUAGGUAAAAUGAUAUUUUACCAGAAAAGUGCAAAGCUGUUUCACUGCCAUAAAUGCUUUUUCACUAGCAAGAUGUACUCUAAUGUGUAUUACCAUAUCACAUCCAAACAUGCAGCCCCAGAGAGGUGGAAUGAUAAACCAAAACAUCAGUUGAACAAAGACACAGAUCCUGUGAAAAGCCCUCCUCUUUCUGAGCACCAGAAAAUGUCCUCUAACUCUGCAGAGCUCCUGAAAGCUAUACCUACCCUUUCUAUGGAAACACAAAAACUUGGUCCAGUUUUGUCGCCAGAAUCACCAAAACCUACCCCUCUAACUCCCCUGGAGCCUCAGAAACCCGGACCUGUUGUUUCUCCUGACUUGCAGACACCUCUUCCUUCUCCUGAGCCGUCAAAACCUGCUCCCGUUUCUUCUGAACUUCCAAAAUCAGGCCCUGUUUUGGAAUCUCAAAAACCCGUUCCUUCUCCAGAGCCACAGAAACUUGCCCCUCUAUCUCCUGAACUAGUAAAGGCUCCUCUUGUUAAUCCCAAAUCCCAGAAACACACUCAUUUCCCAGAAACAUUGGGGCCACCUUCAGCCUUAUCUCCAGAGUCACCUGUUCUGGCUGCCUCCCCUGAACCUUGGGGACCUUCCCCAACUGCAUCUCCAGAGUCUCGAAAGCCAGCCCAGACUGCUUCUCCUGAGCCAAGGAAGCCAUCCCCAUCCGAGUCUCCUGAACCUUGGAAGCCAUUCCCUGCUGUCUCCCCAGAGCCUAGGAGACCAGCCCCAGCGGUAUCACCAGGUUCUUGGAAGCCAGGGCCUCCUGGGUCACCCAGGCCUUGGAAAUCCAGUCCAUCAGCCGCAUCUGGACCUUGGAAGCCAGCUAAACCUGCUCCAUCUGUGUCUCCUGGACCCUGGAGACCCAUUCCUUCCAUAUCACCUGGACCUUGGAAGCCAGCUCCAUCUGCAUCCCCUGCGUCCUGGAAGUCUUCGUCAGUCUCUUCUGGGUCCUGGAAAACUCCUCCCACAUCUCCUGAGUCAUGGAAGUCUGGCCCCCCAGAACUCCGAAAGACAGCCUCCACGUUGUCACCUGAACACUGGAAGGCAGUUCCCCCAGUGUCUCCUGAGCUUCGCAAAGCAGGCCCACCGCUAUCCCCAGAGAUCCGUAGUCCAGCAGGAUCUCCAGAGCUCAGAAAACCAUCAGGGUCACCAGACUUGUGGAAGCGUUCUCCUGAGCAGCGAAAAACUUCUCCUGGUUCACUUGAUUUUCCUGAAUCCCAGAAGAGUUCUCGUGGUGGUUCUCCUGAUAUCUGGAAGUCUUCCUUUUUUAUUGAACCUCAGAAACCUGUCUUCCCAGAGACCAGGAAGCCAGGUCCUCCUGGGCCAUCUGAGUCCCCCAAAGCAGCCUCGGAUAUCUGGAAGCCCAUUCUCUCUAUUGAUACUGAGCCUAGAAAACCUACUCUCUUUCCUGAGUCUACCAAAACGGCACCUCCUGCUUCUCCUGAACCACGAAAACGUGCGCUUUUCCCAGAGCCAUGGAAACACAGCCUUUUCCCUGAACUUCCCCGAUCGGCCGUAUUCUCAGAGUCUCAGAAGGCCGUCGAGCUUAGUGGUGAAUUACAAAUAGAUGCCCUAGGUGAUCAAAAGUGUGAUAUUUUGGUUCAAGAAGAACUUCUAGGUACACCUAAGAAACUCUUGGAAGAUACUCUAUUUCCGUCUUCAAAGAAGCUGAAGAAAGACAACCAAGACAGCUCAGAUGCCGAGCUCAGUAGUAGUGAGUAUAUAAAGACAGAUCUGGACGCAGUAGACCUCAAGGGGCAAGAAUCAAGUAGUGAUCAAGAGCAGGUGGAUGUGGAAUCGGUUGAUUUUAGCAAAGACAACAAAAUGGACAUGACUAGUCCAGAACAGUCCAAAAAUGUACUACAGUUUACCGAAGAAAAAGAAGCAUUUAUCUCUGAAGAAGAGAUUGCAAAAUAUAUGAAGCGUGGAAAAGGAAAGUAUUAUUGCAAAAUUUGUUGCUGCCGGGCUAUGAAAAAAGGUGCUGUUUUGCAUCAUUUGGUUAAUAAACAUAAUGUCCAUAGCCCUUACAAAUGCACAAUUUGUGGAAAGGCUUUUCUUUUGGAAUCUCUCCUUAAGAAUCAUGUAGCAGCCCAUGGGCAAAGUUUACUUAAAUGUCCACGUUGUAAUUUUGAAUCAAAUUUCCCAAGAGGCUUUAAGAAACAUUUAACUCAUUGUCAAAGCCGGCAUAAUGAAGAGGCAAACAAGAAGCUCAUGGAAGCUCUGGAGCCGCCCAUGGAGGAGCAGCAGAUCUGACUGAAACAUGAAUGUUAGCUCUGCAGAGCUGUCUGUUGAAACCGUUCUUUGAAAUUGUAGCUCAUUAAAUAGUCUAGAUGGAUUGGUAGAUGUGGAAGUGUAUUGUGUACCGUAUUUAAUGGUCUAAGUAGUGUUACAAAGAGUAAGCAUUUGGUUGUUUUUUUAAAAUAGUCUUUGUUUAUGUGGCUAUCUUGUAAAUCAGUAAUUUCUACUAUAUUCCAUAUGGAUAAAACAUUUCUUUUAAGUAUAUUUGAAUAAUGCAAAUGGGGUAGGCAUUCCAUUUAGUAACCAAGAACAAGCUGUACUCCAACCAUCUAGUUAAAGUGUAUCUGUGUGUGUCUGUGUGAAAGUAAUUUCCGACAACAAAAAUUAUUUGUUGGAAUGUGUAAGAAUUAGGCAUGAAACAAAUUUGAGAAAAGUUUUGUUCCCUUAAAUGUAUUUUCAAACCAUAAAAGUUAUUUUCUAUUUGAUCAAGUAAAAUUAGUUUAUAAAUCUUGAACAGUUUCUAGAUGUUUAUUAGCUUUUAUGUCAUGGAAAGUUGGAGUCUCAGGGUUGCUAAUUUUCUGCUAACAGGGAGCAUUGAGUAAGUCCUUAAAGAUACUUUGCAGCCUUCUCCUACAGGAGACUAAGAGAGAUGUUAAGUGUGAUUUGCGGUCUGUCUUGUCCUUUGUUGUUUCCGGUGGAGUCUUCCAUUUGGUUCCCUGUCCUAUGAUCUGGCCCUUCACUUUCCCUGCCAGCUCACACUGACAGAGCAUCCUUAAUUGCCAAAUGUGUUAGAGCUUGUACCUUCCACUCCUGGGCCUCACAUAUCACCUUUUGGGACUUAAGACCAGGGUAAUGAGUGUGGCUGAAAGUCUUCCAGAUUCACAAUAAAAAAUUCUAAAUAGAGAUUUCUGUUUGAGAAUUCUGUCAGGUUUCCCCCCCCACACACAGUUCUAUUACUGUAAAUACCUUGUACCUGUUUGUGGAUUAUUUUAUUCUAAAAUAUUUUGUCAGGUGUGUAUCAACCAAAUUAAAAACAAAGGCUUUUGUGUCA